AGGUACACAAUGCAAGCUCCCGACUUUCGUGUAGACAGCUUCCUCAUGCCCCCAAGCUGUAUGAACGGAACAGACCGACUGUAUUCAGAAUCUAACAGCGAGGACCGAUCGUACAGUCCCGGUGUUUCCACCAGCUCCUCUCCGACUUAUCACGAACUGAAAAGCUCCUCAUUUGAUAUGAAGUACACUUUUACUCAGCCUUACUAUGAAAAUGUGGCUCACCAACAGAACCUGUAUGCUCACGGUUACGCUCACCUGAUUCCACCUCCUAACGUGACGGUGAACAGUUUCACGUCCUCAUUGCCUCCAAUGCCUCCCUACAGUCCUCAACACCUUCAAAACAACUCAGAUACAGGCUCUAACACUUCCCCUAACAAGUCUCCAGAUUCAACCGCUUCCGGACGUUCAGGUGGUGACAGAAGUAAAACGCCCCCCGAUUCCCCCAAGAGCGACGUGUCUGAUGGGGGGUACAAUGGUGGACCCCGACGUAACAAUAACUUCCUCCUCAACUCCGGUCUGGUUAAACACGCUUGGAUACCUCCAAGAACCCUUACUAACAAAGGACUAAACACUCAAGUGCCACUGUUAUCGUUUGAAAAGAAGAAACCAAGAAAACCCCGAACUAUUUUCUCAGCAGCCCAACUUAACGAACUAGAGGAGAGGUUCAAGUAUCAGAAAUAUCUUAGUACAACAGAGCGAAGUUGUUUAGCCUAUAGUCUUGGACUCACUGAAGAGCAAAUAAAGGUUUGGUUUCAGAAUCGUCGAAGCAAAUGGAAAAAGGGGGACAGAAAGGAAGGUGAAGAUGAGGAUCAGGCGUCAGGGAGCCCGGAGAGCGGAGAUGACCAGAAUAACAGCAGUAAUUUACAUAACCUCCUACCAGUUAGACGACCUGUAUCACCCACCACCUCCUCAACACCCUCCUCCUCCUCCUCCUCCCACCCAGUACCUCGCAUGACUACCUCAUCUUCCAGCCCUCCCAUCGUCACCCUAGCAACACACGUACCUCAACAGCCUCAACAUCACGUGACGUCACAACACAGCCACGUGACUGGUCACGUGACAUCAGCAGCCGCCCACGUGACCGGCGCCCACGUGACCGGCGCCCACGUGACUGCAGGCAGUCCCUUCAAGUGCGAGGAACAGGCUCAGUACAAUAGUGUGCCGCAGAUGAAGCGUGAGCUGAGAGACUGUUCGCCCCACCAUGACCAGCUCCCCGCCAGCAAGAGACAGUGCGAAGAUGAGUACCAGGCCAGGUGAACAAACAAACAUACUGACAUCCGCACUAUCGUCACUUCAGAGAUAUUUGAAAAAGAGAGAGAGAGGAGGAAUGACAGAGACAAGAGAGAUAAAAUGUUUGAAUAUAUUGGAUUCUAUUUAAUUUCUUAUUUCUUACUUUCAUCUAAUUGAUGUUAAUUUCAUGUUGCUUGUUGACUUCACUUUGGUAUAUUUCAUGGCUAUUAUUCUUGAGACUGAUAUUAUAUUUAUUUGAAACUGUAUUUGAUUUAAUUUCACGGUGCAAAAGCAAUUUGUUUUUUGAUUGGAAAUCAAAUCAAAUAGCAAACCGGAUUAUAAUGAUGAUGAAAAGCUAAAUAAAUUAUACGAACGAAUAUGUGAAUAAACUUUUUUCGAUCAGAAUGAAGUCUAGUAAAAUCCAUCCUACUGUUUCAUUCGAUGGAUGAACAUAUUAUUUAAAUUUCUCUUUCGAUGGAUUAAAUCAGAGAUUAAUACUUCUUACCGUGUUCCGAUUUUAUUAACUCUUUGUUAUCCCCCGCUCAUGAAACAACUUUUAUACAUUAGCUCUAGUUGUAAAUUAUCUUUAUUUAUUUGUUCGAGAUCAUAUUUAUUAUAAUAUAUUGCGCUAAUAAUAAUAAAUUAAUGGUUUAAAUAAUAAUUUUUGACUACACUUAAACUUUUCACUCUUAUAUCUGGUGUAACUUUACACUUUUAUCUCAAAGCAGGGACAGAAAACAAGAUGGAGAAUUAUCCUUAUCAUUGAACAAUGAAAACGUGCUAUAUAUCGAAUUACAAGCAAAUUUGUUCAUCUGAUUGUAUUCUACCCUUCUUAUUGUCAUACGAAUUUUCCUACAAGUAUAUCAUUUUUAAUCGGA